AUGCCUUCCAUGAAGCAAUGGGCUGUCCAGGGCAAGGACAAGGACUUCGACGGCCUUGUCUACCAGAACGCACCCGUACCGAAAGUCGGUGAGAGCGAGGUUCUGGUGAAGCUCCACGCCGCGUCGCUGAACUAUCGCGACCUGAUUAUACCGAAGGGCAUGUACCCAUUCCCUUGUGGGUUCCCCAUCGUCCCCGGUUCUGACGGUGCUGGCGAGGUUGUCGAGGUUGGAUCCAAGGUCACCGAGUUCAAGAAGGGUGACAAGGUGGCAACCCUCUUCAACCAGGGUCACCAGUACGGCGAUAUCGACAUCCCCGCGACACAGACUGGCUUGGGUGGUGUGAUUGACGGUGUUUUGCGUGAAUAUGGUGUCUUCAACGAGAAGGGCCUCGUCAAGGCGGCUAAGAACCUGACACCUAUUGAGAACAGUACUCUUUCUUGUGCUGCUCUCACGAGUUGGAAUGCCCUGUAUGGCCUCAGACCUCUGAAGCCCGGCCAGGUCGUCCUGGUUCAGGGAACCGGCGGCGUUAGCAUGUUUGCCCUGCAGUUUGCUAAAGCUGCUGGUGCGAUCGUGAUCGCCACAACCUCCUCCGAUCAGAAGGCUGAGAAGCUGAAGAAGCUCGGCGCCGACCACGUUAUUAACUAUAAAACCGACACGAACUGGGGUGAGACCGCUCGCAAGCUGACUCCGGACGGGGCUGGUGUGGACUAUGCUAUUGAGGUUGGUGGACCUGGAACCCUGCGGCAGACCUUCAAGUGCAUCAAGUUCGAGGGUAUCAUCAGCGUGAUUGGCUUCCUAGGCGGCGUCCAGCCCCAGGGUGAGCCCACUAUUUUGGACACAUUGAGCAGUAUUUGCACUGUUCGUGGUGUUUAUGUGGGCAGCAAGGCGCUCAUGCGCGACAUGAUUCGCGCGAUCGAGGCCAACGACAUUCAUCCGGUUGUAGAUGAGAAGGUCUUCACUCUCGAGCAGGCCCGGGAGGCAUAUGAGUACAUGUGGGCACAAAAGCAUUUCGGCAAGUUGGCCAUCAAGAUCAACUGA